CGAGCAUAUCAGUAACGGGCGACGACGUUCGUUGCUUGCACUCGAGCGCGCGAGUUCGAGAAGCGAGACUCCCUCGGCACCGCGAGCCACUUGGAUCCGCGACCGAAGCCCAGAUCGAGGCCGCAGAAGGAGCCGCGACUGCGAUCGACCGGGUGCAGCACCAGUGCAAAGGGACAGCCGAGCCGAUAGCGAGACGCGGUCCGCGCGCGAAAAGUGCCGAGCGCAGGAUGAAGCCCCCGACGUCGUACGAUGGCGAGCAGGUGACGCAGGUGACGCAGGAGCAGGGCGAGCGCAACGUCGCCAUGGCCGUGUGCGUGCAGCUCGCCGGCCGAGCCAUCAUCCGCGUGGUGUCCAGGUGCGAGGAGGCCCAGGACAACUGCCAGCUCGAUCUGUCAGAGUGCCAGCUGAUGCAGGUGCCGGAUGCCGUCUACCACCUCAUGCGACACACCGAGCUCAAGAGUUGCGACCUGUCGGGCAACGUCAUCACCAAGAUCCCGCCCAAGUUCGCCGUCAAGUUCUCGCUCAUCAGCGAGUUGAACCUCAGCCACAACCAAAUGGGCAAGCUGCCCGAGGAGCUGUCCGAGCUGCAGGAGCUCGAGAGGCUGGACAUCUCGCACAACACCUUCAUCGCCUUGCCAAGCGUCUGCUGCCGGAUGCCGCGGCUCAAGCGCCUGCUGGCCAGCAACAACUCCAUCAUCGAAGUGGACGUGGAGCUACUGAGGCACGCGCCGGUGCUGGAGCUGCUGGACCUGAAGGACAACCCCCUGCCGCCGAGGACGCACGAGAGCCUGCUGCGCCUGCAGAUCAUCCGGUUGACGGUCGAGGUCUCGCCGCGGCAGCGCGAAGAGUGGGAGGACCUGAGUGACUGAGGAGGCCUCGCCGAGACCGGCAUAGCGCGCUCGUCUUCCCCGCUCGUCUCUCCUUGAUCGUGCUCGCCUUCUGUGCAGUCGCGCUCGCAACGCGUGCGUCCAUUGAUUAAUCUCCGUUCGCGCCGAGCACGUGCGAUCACUGUACAGCGUCGCGACUGAUACGCUCUUGCGAUCACGAUGAUCUUUCGUUGCCGAGUACCGCAGGAUUUUCGCAUUCGGCUCUAUUCAAAUUGACAAUAGCAUUUACUCGGUGGUGCAUGCUUUAUACUCAACGAUAAUCGCUAAUUCCGUCGGCUCUCGUCCGCUUUGCAUCCCAUUAUUCGAAUGCUCCCGUUUCCAGUCGAUUAGUUGUGCGCCUUCAAACUCGUUCGGCCUGUUUCGCAUAAAUGGCAUUUUCUUCAAAGCGAUCGUCCCCCCCAAGAUGUUCAUCGUCUACGGCAAUUAUUUAGGAAAAGAAAGCCAGAUGGAAUAUUUUAAUGGAAAGCGUUUGCGAAAAUACUCCAGACUCGUUACAUCUCCAGCUGAAAGAGAAAUUCGUUCGACGCGAGUGCGAUAAUGCAUCGUCGAGUAAAAUUCUACUACGUCCAAACUACUUCUAUUAUAUAUAUAUAUAUACAUAUAUCACUCGUUCUUUGAUUUCCCUUGUAAUUAUUCAGACAUUGCGUUGUUCGCCGCGUAUUUCAGCGAAUACGGCUGCUCGAUAAGAAAUCGAUGAGCUUGAACAAAUUACGAGUCGGUUACGAGUGUGAUGAGUGCACAGUUUACGUUAUUUUCAAUGCGAAGUGAGUGACGAGAUUACUUAUCGUUUGUGUUUGUAAAAUAUGCUACUCGCCUGUAUAAAAACUUGUACAAAUUAAUUUCACGCUGUAAAUAUUCGAUUUAGAUUAUAUUUUCGAAAGUUUUUUUUCAAAAUCCGUAUUUCUUCAUUGCACGCUUUCUUUUAAGCAGAUGCGAUUGAGUUCGUAGAAAUACGUUAGAAUCGGAUUGCUUCGUUAUCGCACCCUCAAUUUUUUAAUAUUUACACCACAAGGUACCUUUGUACUUAACUAUAGGGACUGCGGCUCAUAAUCAACCACGACGAAAGAAUAAAAAACCAAGCAAAAUUAAUGUUAACUUUAACUGUGAUUAAUCUUCUUUAUAUUUGCACGUUUAAAAUGUUCAUUCGCCCGAUUUUCGGGCGCAAUACUUUGCAUACAUUUUUCUUACUUGAAAUUAGGACAAACUAAAUUUACUGUUUCAAUAUUUUACGCUUCUUCAGUAUUGUAAUGAAGACGCGAGUAAAGAAAGUAACUAUUUUUCAAUCGAUUUCUUUAACUAAAAUUUCUCGAUUCAUUUUCGCCUAUCAUUGUCUAACUUGUUGAAAAAUAUUUUUUUAAAUUAACAUCGUGGUUUACCCCAUGAAACAAAUGAGUUUUAUCUAACAUAGUAAAUGCAAAAUACAAAUGGUAGAUAUAUAGAUGUAAGUUAAUAUUUGUCUUUUUUAUUACGCGAGACUUGUUGUUUCGCAAAAUAGCAAUGUUUCGUGAAAUAAUACGACUGCCAAUAAAUUGUAUUGCGACCCUUUGUACAGACAAUCAACCAUCGGUGCCUUUGCAGCCGACCGGCUGUUCAAGUUGAAAACGUAAAUAUAUAAUCAUGAAGAGAUAUUGACGUCAUGAAGAUCUCGUCGAGGCAAAAAGUCAGUGUGUAGCGCUAUUUCGAGAAUUCAACAUUGAGAAUUCGAAGAAACAUUUUCGAUAACGAAUUGUUUAACAUGAUUGCAGCGAGUCCUACUAAUCUAUUAACUAUUUUUCAAUUAGCGUUUCUUCGACUUUUCUAAAUAGAAAAUGUUCGUCUGAUCUAUCUAUGAUGUCGUCGAUAUGCGCGGCGUCUUUCAAAAGUAAUCCGUGCAAAAUUGAUUGAUCUUAUAAUUUGAGUUCGUCAUGUUAUGUAUCACACUGUAUUCUCGAUCUAGUCAAUUGUCCUCUGGACGUAAUACAAUACUUUGUGGAAACUAAA